AUGGCACUCGCUGGUAUGGUCUUCGCUGUCACUGGCGGUGCCAGUGGGAUUGGUUUCGCGACUGCUCAAAUCCUAUCUAAACGGGGCGGCACUGUCUGCAUUGCUGAUGUCGACCCGGACGCCAUGAGCCGAGCGGAGGCCUAUUUCCAGCCCCUCAACGUCCCUUACAGCAUCACCAAGGUAGACAUAUCAAAAAGAGACGAGGUCGAGGCAUGGAUCAACGGGAUUGUAGAGAAGUUCGGAAAACUCGACGGCGCCGCCAAUGUUGCUGGCAUCAUUGGCAAACACCACGGUGUCAGAGAAAUCAAAGACUUGGAUGAUGACGAAUGGAACAAGAUUAUUGCAGUCAACUUGACGGGGACCAUGUACUGCCUGAGGGCUGAACUUCAAAAAAUCGUCGACGGAGGCUCUAUUGUUAACGUCUCUUCCAUCCAUGGGUUCAAAGGUUUCGCGAAGUACGGUGCAUAUGAUGCCAGCAAGCAUGGUAUCAUUGGUCUGACAAGGACCGCCGCCAAAGAAAACGGCCAUCGAGAAGUCCGAGUGAACGCGGUAGCACCCGGCGCUAUCUUCACACCAUUGAUGGAGAAGGCGUGGAAGCUCCACGAUUACACCCCAGCAAAACUCAUUCGAGGAACACCUCCUGAGCCGGAAGCUGCUUUUGAGCGCCAAGGUACAUCUGAAGAGGUUGGGUCGGUGAUCGCGUUUCUCUUGGGACCAGAUAGUAAGUACGUGACUGGCACUGUCCAGUCGGUUGAUGGAGGCAUGUAGAAUUAGGCAAAGGGAAUACAAUGCAAUACGGAAAGGCCUGGGAGACUCAGAAAACGUCGUCAGGUUCAACGGCAUGAUUUCGCCCAUCGUCCCGAAUGUGCUUGAGUGUUUUGUCUCGUUUCAUGGGCUUUCGCAUAUCGUAGGCGUCUUCGCCGUGUGCGGUGGGGUCGUUGACAUUAUCACCAUAGUAAUCCUUGACGACGCGGUAAACGCUAUACCCCAUGUUUUCGUAGAACCUGAUUGCUUUCUCGUUGCUUUUGCGGACAAAAAGGUCAACGAACCAGGCAUCGGCAGCCUCAGCACCGGCCUCGAGUUUUUCCGUGAGAAUCCUGCCAAUACCCAAGCGACGCGCUUCGGGAGCUACAGUGAGGGCGGUGAUGUGGGCGUGCCAUGGAAGAUAGUGCUCAGAAUGCUUAAAGUAGUCAGGCGAACUCUCGGUCUUGCCCAUGACUGCAAGGAAGGUUAAGAGGAC